CUCUUCCUGUCACCCCCUCAAAUCUAACAUGUAAGGAGUGGAGAAGGAACCGGAAGAGCUGCAGAGAGUUGCUGAAGUUGCUGCCCAGUCCUGGCCCUGACACGCGUGAAAAAGACGAGACGAAGAAUUUAUUAUUCUCAUCAGACCCAGCAGGUGAGACAGCUGGCUGUAUGAAAAGGCCUCAUCCCACAGAAGCGAAAGGUUACAAAGCAACCCUGGUUACCUCUACUACACCCAGCUUACGUAUCUCCAGAAGAUUCAUCUCAGAGACUGUUCAUUACCACACCCAGCUUACGUAUCUUCAGAGGAUUCAUCUCAGAGACUGUUCAUUUUGAGGUGCAUCUCAUCUAAACCUGACCUGACACUGAGCCUUGCAGCAGUGGAUCAGACUGAAAUUCUCUGACUGUGCAAAACAAAAAAAAAACCAAAUCUGCAGUGGUUUACUGGACAAUCUAACCAUACCAGUGCCAUGACACGCCUGUUAUUUUUAUGCUUGGGACUGAUACUGUGCUCCUCAGAAGUGCUGGCGAAAAAAGGGGAUGUGAUAGACAUUACAGACAGCAACUGGAAUGAAGUCUUGGAGGGGGAGUGGAUGAUCAAAUUUUAUGCCCCUUGGUGUCCUGCUUGUCAUAAACUGCAGCCUGAGUGGAAUGAACUUGCAGACUGGGGAGAAGACCUUAAUGUGAAUAUCGCCAAAGUGGAUGUUACAGCUCAGCCAGGACUGAGCGGCAGAUUUAUCAUUACAGCACUGCCAACAAUAUACCACUGCAAAGAUGGAGUUUUCAGAAAGUACCAAGGAUCUAGGACACACAAGGAUUUUAUCAAUUUCAUCAGUGAGAGGGAAUGGGAAGCCAUUGAACCUGUAUCAUCAUGGGUUGGCCCAGAUUCUUUUCUGAUGAGUGGCAUGUCUGCUUUGUUCCAGCUAUCCAUGUGGAUCAGGCAAUGCCACAAUUAUUUUGUUGAAGACCUGGCCAUUCCUGUGUGGGGAUCCUACAUUAUAUUUGGAUUGAUGACCCUGUUUUUAGGUCUAAUGUUGGGUUUGAUUUUGGUGUUUGUGGCAGACUUCCUUUGUCCAUCCAAAAGGCACAGACCCCAAGGAUACCAAUACCCUAAAAACCUGCCCACUGUACCUGCUGAUAGGAAGGAACUGGAAGAUGAACUAAAGGAAGAAGUGAAUGAAUUUGAAAAUACCAAGCUUGGAGACAAAGAAGCACGUGAUGCCCCUCAGGACAAACUAAGGAAACGUACUGCAAAGUCUUGAUGCUUAUACAGUUUCUACUUAUAAGGUCAGAACACAUGCCACAGAUCCUUGGACCCCAUACAGGAACAUUUCUUCAUGCCAUCUUUCAAGAAUUCUGCCUCUUCUCCAAUUUAUUCCAACUCCCUACAAUUAUUUAGGUAUGAUAUUCUUCUCCUUGUGGUGCAUUAAUGUGAUCUUUCCCUGUUUUCCUGCAUGGGAUGCCUGAUUUCAUAAAGGAAAUGGGCUUUUCAAAGAUUACUGCUACUAACAUGUCUUUCCAUACGGUUAUUGUAACUACAAUACCUGUAACACUUUAGGGGCAUCAUAAUGCAUUCUAAGUAUUUUAAGGCUUUAAAGUAUAAUAAUGGUUUGGUUUAAAAUCACAUUUCUUUAAUACAAUUGGCCAUAAAAUAAUUAGUGUCUGAAAAAAUUAUUGUAUCACUAGCAAAACAACCAUAUACAGCAGAACUAUGCAACUCAAAUAUGACCCACUACACAACUGUCUGAUCAUCAGUACAUUGAUUUCCAUGUACUAAACCUCCAAGGAAAGAGAACCAAGUUAGUCUGGGGCCUAAGUUGAGUUGCAUAUUACAGCUCCAUAUGGGGAGCAAGCAAAGCUACAUCAUGACUGCAUCUUGCAAACUGCUCAAAUGUGAAUCUAAUUUUAUUCUGAAUAGCUUCAUUAUAAGACUGUUACCAGCCUUAGUGUUAUAUGAGAAAUGCAUUUGUGCCCAUUAUUUUCAGUACUCUUAUGUUUUGGGGUCAGCUGAUGGAGGCCAUGUAGACAGUUUUCUGUGGGUUUUAGCUAGACUAUUGUCCAGGUGUUGGACAGACAAAUUACAGUGUAUGCACAGACCUUUCUUUUAUUAUUAUUGAUGGCACUGUUGACCCAGUAACAACGCAAGCUUGGGUAAUAUAUUUUUUUCCUCUUUUAGUUUUUGGGGUGUAACACUGGUGAAGAGCCACAACAUGUAUAUGGGAUGCAGUGUUGAAUUUGCAGUGUGCAGUGAUUCCAUAUGGCUGCUUUCAUUUAGAUUCUGUUUUGGGGGGAGUUAGUUUAAGGUCAGGGAGCACUUUUUGCAAAGCUAAACCACAUAGUCUGUGUAAAUCAGUUUGUUUGAAAAUAUAUUUUGUAUUUUUGUAACAUGCUGCAAUAAAUAAACUUUGUUUUGCUUUAU